AUGAAUAAAUAUUCACCUGAUGGCCUAAAAUGCCUUUUAGGUGCAGUGUUAGUAAAGGCAGGAUAAGCACUAUUAAUGACAUGGGGAAAGUCUAAUGUUUAUUAUUAUUCAUAUUUCAAAAUGAAUGAUCCUGACUUGUCAGUUGCCUACAACACAUUACCAAUCGCAUUAAUGGGUAUACCAUUGGCAGCGGCAUCAGUCUAUUCAUUAAAGAUCGCUGAUAGAAUAGGCUAUGAGAAACUAAUAAAGAUCACGACAUCAUUAUAAUUUUUGUCAUUCCUCCUAGCGUUACACGCUAACUCUUAUUUGGAGUUCAUAAUAUUUUAUUUGGGUUUUAUUGGCUUAGGAUACGCAUUAAUGGCAUUUCCAUUGUUGAAAUGCUUAUGGAGUCACUUUUCAGAGGAGGAAGGAAUGGUCACAGGCAUUUUAUUUGGAGUAUUUGGAUUCGCCACUUUUUUCUAUCUGUUGUUGGUUACAUAUAUAGUGAAUCCCAAUAACGAAUAAGCCACUCUAUCAAUGUAAGUAGGUUCAUAGUAGUAUCUGUAUUUCUCUGAGCACGUUGCAGUUAACACACAUGAAGCCAUUAAGUAUGCUGGAUUCAUAGCAGGUACUUUAAGUGUCUGUGGCAGUCUAUUAAUAAACUAAAGAAAAUUGGAAGGGGCAGAAGAGUAGGAAUUAUAGAUUUUGACCAGUGAAAUCUAGAACAUUAAAAUUGCUUCAAAUGAUCCUCUUUUGCAAGUGGUCAGAACUCCCUAAUUCAAAAUAAUUCUGGGAUCUUACUUUACUGUUUUCUUUUUUGAAGUAACAUUGGGAUUAAACUAUAAAACAUAUGUUCUACAAAAGAUUAAUAAUGAUCAAUUGAUUACAUGGGUUGACACACUUGGAAUCAUUCUUGGAUCAAUUGCUAAUUUCGUCUUUGGUAAGAUGGCUGAUUCGAUUACAUUCACUGUCUUACUCCACAAAUUAUUGAUAAUGAUGAGUAUAAUAGCUGUAAUGAUUCCGAUUUCUUUGAAUAUUUCAAAAGAUUUAUUCAUUAUUGAUUAUCUAUUAUUAUCCAUUGUAUCAAAAGGAAUUAUAGUAAUCUUAGGUCCAGGAUUACUGUAGAUUUUUGGCAAGAAAACAGGUGCAGAUAUACUCCCAAUAGUCAAUUUUAGUGGAUUGUUAGGCUUCAUUAUAUCAGCUCUCUCAAUAUUGCUAAUAGUCCCAAUGUUGAGAUUUGAUGGCACAUUCAUUUUCCAAGGUUUAUUGAUCGGAUUAGCUGCCUAUAGUACUAAAAAGCUCAAUUAAUGAAUGAUUAUAAUAAUAUCCAUUUAUUACAACUAAAAUUUAAAAUAAAUAAAAUAA